CCCGAGCUGCAACCAUACCCGCUGCUCGGAGCGAUCGCCGUCUCCGGGGGGCGCCGGGCGCCGGAGCUAUGACCCUUCGCAGACUCCGGAAGCUGCAGCAGAAGGAGGAGGCAGCCGCCGCCCCGGACCCCGCCGCCCGGGCUCCCGACUCAGAAGUCGCUCCGGUCCGGACCCCGGCCUGCGGCCCCCCUGCCGCAGCAGCCAGCCCCGGGCCCCCGGGGGACGAGCUGUAUGCCGCGCUGGAGGACUACCACCCUGCCGAGCUGUAUCGCGCUCUCGCCGUGUCCGGGGGCACCCUGCCCCGCCGAAAGGGCUCAGGAUUCCGCUGGAAGAAUCUCAGCCAGAGUCCUGAACAGCAGCGGAAAGUGCUGACUUUGAAGAAGGAGGAAAACCAGACCUUCGGCUUUGAGCUCCAGACGUAUGGCCUUCACCACCGGGAGGAGCAGCGUGUAGAGAUGGUGACGUUUGUCUGCCGGGUUCAUGAGUCAAGCCCUGCCCAGCUGGCUGGGCUCACACCAGGGGACACCAUCGCCAGCGUCAACGGCCUGAAUGUGGAAGGUAUCCGGCAUCGAGAGAUUGUUGACAUCAUUAAGGCAUCUGGUAACGUCCUCAGGCUGGAAACUCUGUAUGGAACAUCAAUUCGGAAGGCAGAGCUGGAGGCUCGUCUGCAGUACCUAAAGCAAACCCUGUAUGAGAAGUGGGGAGAGUACAGGUCCCUAAUGGUGCAGGAGCAGCGGCUGGUGCAUGGCCUGGUGGUGAAGGACCCGAGCAUCUACGACACGUUGGAGUCCGUGCGCUCCUGCUUGUACGGCGCUGGCCUGCUGCCCGGCUCGCUGCCCUUCGGGCCCCUGCUGUCCGCGCCCGGGGCCCCCCGCGGGGGCGCGCGCCCGGCUGGGGGCGACCCCGACGACGCCGUCUACCACACGUGCUUCUUCGAGGGGGCCGAGCCGCCCGCGCCGCCCCCGCCGCCCCCGGCCCGCGCGCCCGGCCUGGGCCCGGCGGAGGCCCUGACCUCCGGGCUGCGGGCCGGGCUGAGCCGCAGCGCCAGCGUGCGGUGCGCGGGCCCCGGGGGCGGCGGCGGCGGGGGCGCGCCGGGCGCGCUCUGGACUGAGGCCCGCGAGCAGGCCCUGUGCGGGCCCGGCCUGCGCAAGGCCAAGUACCGCAGCUUCCGCCGGCGGCUGCUCAAGUUCAUCCCCGGACUCAACCGCUCCCUGGAGGAGGAGGAGAGCCAGCUGUGAGGGCGGGGCGGGCGGGGGGAGGUAUUUAUUUAUUUAUUCGUUCCAGCCUGGGCAGAAAGGGAGGGGG